AUUACGACUUCAUAUGUUGGUAGAAUCCCUGAAAUCAGUUUAUCUUAAUAGUUUAUUGGAACCUUCUGUUCCCUUGCUACUGAAAGUUCAAGUGCUUAACAACAUCGAAACAUACCUUCAGGAAGAGGAAAUUCGAAUGAUCAAAGAAGAUCAGCAGUGGUCCAUGACAUCAAAGAAGGAGAAUCUCAAAGAAAUGGGAGACGUAACCUCUGGAAUGGAAGAUCGGCGCGGACCCGAAGUGGCCCUCGUCUCUGCGCCUAUAUGGGCAACUUGAUCAAAUUGCAUCAUUUAUCACCUGUCAUUGAUAUUAGCCCCAACCCCUUUGCGUGUAUACCGCAUUAGAGGCCACCAAAACGGAACGGAUUUUGAAUGAAGCCACCAAAUGUCUCUCCUUUUCAUUGAUUCACUCAAAUUGAUUGUCGUAAAAAAAGAUUCGAAUGAAAAAGGAUUUAGUCAAACGACAAUCGAAACUAAUAAAAAAAAAGAAGAAACCUGAUCUUCCGAUAAAAGAAUCGAAAAAUAAAAAGAAAAGAAAAGUUUAAUGAAGCUGAAACUCAAUCCGUUAUCAACUUCAAAGAACUCGGCGAAAGUGGAUCAAUAAAACUUUUGUGAGUGAAAUAAAAAUAAUGGAAAAGACGUUUGACGUCACAUGAAUUAUGACAAAAAACGAAAAACAUUUUCCGACAAGUAGUUUGUUUUAAAAAAAUGAAUUCUGACCUGCUUGUGGCGAAGACACGGCUGAAGCGACUAACUUGAAGAUGGUCACGACGAUGGUCACCCAGUCCGACCCGAGUACAAACGAACCCGUAAAUAAAGGU